AUCUGUGCGGUAGUCGUGAACGCGCACCGCCAGACCUCCGCUGUAGCUGCGUGCGUGUCCACGCUUUAUGAAGGCGCGUUCCCUCAGGUGAAUGGAGAGAGUGAGAGGACGAGUCCUGUGUGUGUCUCUGGCCGAGCUAAACAGACUAAAAUGGGGCUUCGCGGAUUGACAAGGACGGGGGUGUACAUGACAGUCUGCCUUCUGUGGGUGACUGGAUGCUUUACGCAAAAAGUUUACUUUGAUUGUGGAGCCAAGGUGGAUGUUGUGGAUGUGCAGGGCCUCAUUCUGUCACCUGGCUUUCCAUUUAACUAUUCAUCUGGAACUCACUGUGUGUGGCAGUUCUUUGUGCCUGUUGGUCACCAGCUAAUCAUGGAGAUGUUUGAUUUUGAUGUCUUUGAGAGCCAUAACAGUCCUGCAAUAUACACCUCCACUGUUGUGGACGAGGCACCGAAUGAUAGCAGCGCGCUGGUAUCAAAAAGCCCUGGGAGUCCAAAAGAACCCCAGUCCACACACAGAGAGGAGGUCAAGCAAGUGGUUAUCCAAGAGCAGUCCACCAAAAUGGAGAUGACCAAAGUUUCCAAUUCUGCCAAAAUGCUGUCCGAUUCCCCCUCGGCUCCACAACCAUCGCUUCCAUUAUCCGGGGAGCCGCCAGUUGAAGACAGAAAUUCUAUUUCACCUCAGGCAUCAAGAGCAGUCAGUGACUGGAUCUCCACAAGUCCACAUACAGCCACAGAUGAAGCUGUGAGCCCUGACACCCAGCCACCUUUGAUUGAUGCCUGUCCCCAUGAUGUCCUCUACAUAUCUGAUCUCAUCACCUUCUCCUCCCGAUUCUGCGGCUCUAGACGCCCUUCUAGCAGCCAGUUGGUGUUUGGGUCUGACGAUGACAUGGUGGAGGUCAUCAUGGAGUUGAUAACAACUACCCACUGGGGCCGUGGUUUUGCUCUCCUCUUCCAUUACCAGAAUCAAACACAAGCAUUCACAACCAAACAACAGAGAUCGGUAUUGUCCUCAGACAGCAGAACUGGUGCACUUCUUGGUGCAGUGAGUGGAACAGUCGCGUUUGCUGUGGCCCUUGCUGGUGUCCUCUGUGUGAUUUUCAGACCGAAACUAUGCGCAAAAGGGGCCAAUGCUUCAUCUUCCAUCAGCUCAGAGGCUCCAGAAGGAGUGCUAAAUUCAGCGGCAGAUGUGAGUGAGCUGCAGAUGGUUUCUCCUAAUGACUUGGAGCAGCAGCUGGGUACAGUGAACGACAACAACAACCAUUCCCUCAACCGCAGUCUGUCCCAUACAGCUUGUGACGUGUCAGAGAAGAGUGAUCUGCAGCUGUUCUCCAGUGGUCUUGCUGAAUUAGAGCUGGGCACAGAUGAGGUUUUUGUCAUCGCCUCUGCACCCACCUCAGCCCAACUGCCCUUCUCUCCACAUACUCAACGAGAGCGUUUCCUGAGACACAGUGACACGGGACCCAGCCGCCCCUUCGACUGGUCAACCCCAGAUCCAGCACUGCCUACUGUGAUAAAGAGCAGCCAAACCGGAUCGACAAACAGCACACGACCACGAGCGUGGAGUGUCCGAACCUUCCAGGAUCUCCUUCCUCCUCUUCCUCAACUCCAUAAGAAAUGGUGCAGCUGGAACGCAAACAGCCCUUUCACCAAGCUGGUGGACAGUGGACUCCCAAGCACAGCUACAGAUGCUGGAAGAGGAAAGGUCCUUUCUGAUGCCCCUCUUCACAGUCCUGCCAACAGCUGCCAGUCCGACUCCUUCAUGAGCAAUGCCUCGUACCCCCUGACUCAACCCGCCCAGCGCCAGCGACGGCUCAACUCCACCAGCAACCUGCGACGCACCCGUUUCAACACUCCAUGCUUUGGCCUGCUCUCUGGCACGUCCGAGUCCUCCAAACCACAAGCCAAUGGAAUUACAACCUCGAACACACUCUCCGACACCAGCCAGCAGCAGGACCAAGCUGAAGUAUCAGGCGUGGAGGACGACCACGUCACGGUACCUGUGUUUGCAAUCUCAGAAGAGGAAGACCGACAGCCUCUUGUGUCAGCAGAACCUCCAGAGAAGCCUUUGAGGAUGAAUGGACAGAUGUUUGAAGGCACAAAUAUGCCACUGCUAUCCAAAAGCCAAGUCGCCAGCAUCCAUCCAACCUCUUUAGGGAGGGGAGGUCGUGGUGGGACGUUGGAGACGCAGGAUCCUUCAGCUCUCUCUUGUUAACAGUGACUCCAGGAACAGUCUGCCAGUGCCACGAAGUUUAAGUAUGAUGGUCAUGUGACCGAUUCAGCCAAUAGAUGAUUAGAAAAGAACUGAAAACGCACAUCUUAUGAGCUGCUGCUCCUGGUGUCUUCAGCACAUAUUUGGUGUGUGACAAUGUACCGUGGAAUUUUAAAGGGGUUUUCUUUGGAAUGUUGGCAUGAAUGAAAAACGAAAGCACUUAUUGUUCUUCCUGUUAUUGUAUCAGCACAGUUAAUUUGCUAAAUAUAAAACCAUCUAACGGUAUAUUUUAUAACCUGCAAUUGUUUUGAAAGCACUCAUGCAUGUAUAAGAUAAACUGUUAACAAUGAUCACGUAAUUCCACUCACUACUGAGAGUUUGAGUUGUAGACUGGGUGCAUUGUUACUUUCAUUAUGAAAUUCCAUAUAUCUGCUCUAUGAACAAUAAGGCUUGUUCCUAAUCCCUUUGCAACACGUAGAAGACCAAUUAGCAGAUCUAGUAGAAAGCUGCUUUGCAUCUCUUCAACUUCAACUUUUUUUUUUUAUUCACCAUGGGUCCAAUACACGUGUUGUACUGUUAAAAAAAAAGAAUCUGUGUGUUAGUAAAGCAUUUGAAAUGGCAUAUAUUCUUAAUUCUCAAGGGACAUAACCACUGCAUAAUUCAUGUCAACAUGUUUAAACUGUUCUACAAAUAAUUUCAAUUGUUCUUUUUUUCACCUCCUUUUUCACUUACUUCUGUGCCUUUUGGCAAUCAUCUAUGCUGCUAAAUAUACACUGAUGCAAUAACUGAAAUUUUGUGUAUACAAUCAUAUUUUUAUUACAAUUUCGUAUAUAAUGCAACUGUUUUCGUUAUAUGGUGUUUUCCUGAAUGCAGUAAUAUUGUCAACUGUACUGAUUUUGAUGGAUUAUAAAGGGAAUUGAUCACUGUACAGAAAUGCAGUAACUAACAUUUAAUGCAAAUAAACAUUGUAUAGUGAA